AUGGUGGACAACAUGAAGGCGGUGGCGUCGUCGGGCCAAGAACUUUCUGUCGAAGAAAGAAACUUGUUGUCCGUCGCUUACAAGAACGUCAUUGGUGCCCGCCGGGCGUCGUGGAGAAUUGUUUCGUCCAUCGAACAAAAGGAAGAAGCCAAGGGCAACGAAUCGCAAGUCAACUUGAUCAGAGCUUACCGCGCCAAGAUCGAAGCUGAAUUGUCGAAGAUCUGUGAAGAUAUUCUCUCAGUGUUGACCGACCACUUGAUCGCUUCUGCCCAAACCGGUGAAUCCAAGGUCUUCUACUACAAGAUGAAGGGUGACUACCACAGAUACUUGGCCGAAUUCGCCGUCGCUGACAAAAGAAAGGAAGCCGCUGACCUCUCUCUCGAAGCUUACAAGGCUGCCACCGACGUUGCCGUCACUGAAUUGCCUCCUACCCACCCCAUCAGACUCGGUUUGGCGUUGAACUUCUCCGUGUUCUACUACGAAAUCCUCAAUUCGCCCGACAGAGCCUGCCACUUGGCUAAGCAAGCGUUCGACGACGCCGUUGCCGACCUUGAAACCUUGUCGGAAGACUCGUACAAGGACUCCACCUUGAUCAUGCAAUUGUUGAGAGACAACUUGACUUUGUGGACAGACUUGAGCGACACCCCGGCGCAAGGCUACGAUGAACUGGCCAAGAACGACGCCGCCCCCGCCGCCGCCGCCACCACCUCCACUGAGGGCGACAAGAAGGAAGAGGCUUAA